AGGGAAAGGAACGAAGGCGUCGCCAGCGUCGCUUCGAGCGUGUGUUGUGUUUUGGUCCCUGCGUGCUCGACGUGCUCGUCUCCUGCGUGCUCGUUCAUCUUCGAGAGACUUUCGGGCGUGAUUUCGCCUUUCCUCCCCCGAUAAGACAUGUUUUCCGUCACGCCGCGUCGCUUGUCGCCGUGAUCAGCCCAUCUGUCUGCGCUGUUAAACCACCGGCCGUGUUAUAUCUCCAACGAGCGGCGCGAUCUGCGACCGCGGUCGGAAACAUGGCUUCGGAAGAGUGGUGCAUCUACGUCUCGCUGGUGCCGGACAAUUCGUGCAAGUUCGAGCGACACAAGCUCUCGACUCUCAAGCUCGACGACAAGGUGUCGGCGCUGCACACCAAAGUGGCCGAGUUGUUCGGCAAGGACAUUGGCGAUCUCGAGUUAGUUUUCCUGGGCAAAAUACUGAAGCAGGAUGACACCCUGGAAGCCAGUGGGAUCAAGAGUGGCAUGACGGUGUUUGCCUACCCUCAUCAUGAGCUUGAGAAGCCAACCUGCACGCUGGACAUGCAGGACAUCCCCAUGAUAGCAUUUGGCACUGCCUUGGUCAAUCCAGCUUUUCGAACAGUGCUGCAAAGCCUGAAGGAUCCAAACGUUCUGGAAAACGUGAUGGCUGCGAAUCCCGCCCUGGCUGAUGAUCCAGUGGCCGUCGGCAUCCUUCAAGAUCCAGAGCUUAUGACCCUGCUGGCGAACCCAAACUUCCUUCGAAAAAUGGCAGAAAGUCAUCCUGCUCUGGUGGAGGCUGCAGUGCAAAUCGCCGUGUCAUUUCAUGAGGAAGGUGCCGCGGCUGGGCGUUCCACUUCGCCGCCGCCCGAGGUGUCCUACUCCCUCGAGGCCCUCAGCGAUGACGAAGACCUGGAGGGGCAGCUUGAACUGCCAGCAGGAGCCGGAAGUGGCUUGUUCUCGCCCAACCGGAUCACGCCCGCACAGCUGGCCGCAGCACUAGCCGCUGCCGCAGCCAAUCCAGGGAACUCUGGAUCGUCCUCCCCGCCAGCAGCCUCAGGUAGCCCCCUGAUUCCUCCCUCGCCUCGGCUGCACGCGCCACCUUCGACGCCGAGGAACCCGAUAACAUCGGAGAUGCUCAACAGCGCGGUGCAGACGGCUUUGGGGUCCCUGGCUCCUCCAACAAACGCGGCUGCAGUUGCACCACCUUCACCAUCACCUGCGGGCGCUCCUGCAGCUGAAGUGACAGAUCCUGCCGCCACAUAUCAGAGCCAGCUCCAGCAGCUGCGGGACAUGGGCAUCGCCAACGACGCGACUUGCCUGCAGGCCCUGGUAGCCACCGGAGGCGACGUGCAAGCCGCCUUGGAGCUGCUUUUUUCGGACUUUGGCGAUAGUGAUCCGGCCAACAUGCCCACGUAACUUUUCCUGUAAUCGGCCGGCAGGUGCCGAAACUCUCCUUGUCAUGCUGUCAACUUAUGAAUGUUGCCCAGAUAAAAAAAAUAUACAGCAGUAUGACAGCAACACGUGUUGACGUUUAGUUGCCGUUAAAAAAAAAAAAGAACAAUGUAUGGACGGUGUUGUACUUGCAAAGAUGCACAGAUCUCGGAGAUUGUCACAGUAAAUGCAAAGCCUUUACUGCCUCCUUGUUCACUGCUUCUGCCUCGUUACCCCUGGUAACUCCGUCACAUGUGCCCUCUGGAAUGUCCUGUAUGUUGUGAGCUUGAUGUAACUGAAUGCAUGAUGCAAAAAUUUUCUGUUCAGUGCAAAAGCAUUUUGUGGAGGACACGUUGGGGACAAGUUUGAUGUCCCAGGGGCAGUUUGUAGCCAAGGCUGUUACGGAAAACGAAUUGGCAAGGGAAGAACACGGUUGAAAGAAACAUACUCUCGCCAGCAGAGACUGAAAAACACGUACAUUGACGUUGGCUGCCUAACACAGAUCUCCUUGUUCACAAAAGAUAUGAACUGUAGUUUUAAUUGCCUGCACGAAUAAUGACACAACUUGUCUGAAUAAUAAUUGCACAGGGAUACCACAUUCAAGUUAUUGGUUAUGCAGUAUACGCAAUGAUCCUUAGAGCAGGCAGUGUGAUAAAUUAUUGUUUCUUAUGAUGAGAAACAGUGUCCUUUGGUUUGGCCACACUAUUGGCGUUCUAAUGUACUCGUGUGGCAUCUAGUUCCAGUAAUGUAGCUUGCCUAGUGAUCUUGAAAAUGGGUACUGAAGGUGCCACUUGGCAUUAUUAUUAUUUUUUUUAUGAGCUUUGGCCUGCUUUCAGAGAUGCGGCAGACGUGAAUGCCAUAAUAUCAGAACAUCGUUGACAGUCUAAAAUCCCCGCUUUCUUGUUUUUCUUCUUUUGAACUUUCCAGUUUUUUGCGUUUUUUAGUCUUUUUUACUAUACUAGCCUGCGAGUUUUGACUAUGCUCGGCGCAUAUGUGAUUGCGUUGUAAGCAUCCCUGUCCAGACGAGUUUCCGUCGAAGCCUCGACCUCAUUUUUCACAGCGGCUCACUUGAGCGUAAGGAAUCGUCAAUAUGUUUGUAGUAUCGUGUGAAGUGCCUGUCAGUGGAUGUUGCGAGCAAAGAACAUAAAGGUGAGGGAAUAGAAUACAAAGCUGGAUAAUAAAAGGAGGGCAGGCUGCUAUGGCUACAUAUGUUUUUGACUUGACAUUUCAUUCUGUGUUGGUGAGUGUGUGUUACUUUCUAAAAAGGUAGUCGGGGUAACCUAACACUUCGUUAGGUGGCGAAGGGACAUUCAAUAUUUUGGUGCACUUGCAAAAAAAAAAAAAGAAUAUUGGGACUGACAAUGUUUGUAAAUGUACUUUAGCAUUCUUUUGUUAUUUUCUUGUUAAUUUUUAUUUUGUGUGCGCCACACACUUAUUAUUGCAGGGAAGUGUGCAAAAGAUUCCUUCUGUAAUGUGCAAAGUGGGGGGGAGAAAAAGAAAAAGCAUACCCAGUCAUUCUCACUUAGACGUACCAAAGGUAAAUGUUAACUGUAACUUAAAGUGACAACUUUUCUGAAAUAAAUCUUUCAGUGCGUGUACUGUGCUGAGCGAUGGAUUAGAUGGCGACGAAAUGUCAGCUGGAAAUAGGACACUUCCUGCGGGAUGUAGGUGGAAUCCUGAAUAUAGGAUCCUGCCUGAGAAAAUUUUCCGGUGCGACAUAGGGAUCCGGGGCUGUGCUGGCAAUCUCUGAGGCCAUGCUCCUUGAGCUACUGUUACCUUCAGCAAGUUUUUUAAUGUUGCAGCAACGUCAUGUGAAUAGUGUUUUUGACGGUGGGAAGUUCCAAAAUUGGGGUGCGCCAGAAUAUGCCUGGGGAGCGAAUAAAUAUUUAAUUUUACGGGAGGGAUGACCACACUUACGGUGUGUUGGCCUUGGAAGAAACCUUGCUGUGCCUCCAAUUCAUCUAAUAACGCAACACUGACGUGGUAUUUCAGACAUUCAUAUCAGUACCCUGCGAGCACAAAUUCAGUCUGCAUGUACAACUUCGUCAUAACUGGUUUCCAUAUUUCAGUGUUCGUGAUGCUGGUUUUGUUGUACCAAGAUUGAGAGUUUUAUCUCUUUUUCUUUAUCUGCUGUUUGCAUCUGUGUUUGUGAUUUAGUUCGUGUGAUUUUUUUUCAGUAGCCUUUAAUGUUUUUCCAAAGGUUUUUCUUGAUGUCCAGCGGCGUAAAAGAGAAGACAAGAUGCUUACUUCACCGAUCAAAAAGUCACGUUCGACCUAGUCUCCUUUGCUGUAGCUGUGCUUGUUAGUCAUGUCACAUGCUGGCCAUUUCGAAGAAGUACCUCGAGUGUUUGAGGUCCUGGUCAUUAAUUUUCUUUGUUCAGCUUCUUUUCUUUUUGUUCAAAUUCCUGUGAGUCUUUUUUUUUUCCCUCUGAAUCACAGCUUUGCUGGCUGCUAUGUCUGCCUGCGGAGACCAGCAGGAAGCCGAAGCUCGCAUGCGGUCUUUCGUUGUUGUAGCAGCUAAAUUCCACGCAGUGUGCACAGAUUGGCUUAGCAGCUUGUGUCAGUUCGAUCCUGAUGCAAGGUUGACAAGGCUUGUCAUGACAAAGAUCUAGGCAUCCUUAAUUUGCAUGAACUACUCUAAAAAUAUUGAAAUAUACCUAAGCCCACUGCACAUAUGUAUAUAUAUGUUCAGUGCAGUGCAAUGGUUUACUCCAAGUUAGUAUUUUUGGACAUAGUUUUGAACAGAGGCCUCUGCAAUAAAUUUUUUACCAUUUUAGUUCUACCUGACACAUCACAUCAACCACUCUUUCCUGUUGAUAUGACUUUGACCGAUGAUACAGUUAUGUUAGCUUUUACACUAAUUUGGUGUUUCUUCUAAGAGUGGAUCAUACUGUUUGUUAAACGUUACAGUGUGUUGUUUAUGAGUCGCAGUGCUGUUCAUUGGCCACCUGUGUUACAGGGUUGUAGCCUUUGCAUAACCACUAUGUUUUCCUGUACUUGUUGGAAAUCAAUAGUGGUAUUACACACAGAUGUCAUAGUUAUUGGCAGUGAUGCUAAUGUGCAUGAAAUGGCCAUUGUUAAAUGUCGACUGUAAAAGCUAGCUCAGAAAAUAAUACGCGAGUGAUUAACAAGACUUGGCUGCGGCACGUAUGCAAAAUAUCUCAGCAAUGUGAGCCGUUUCUUUUCAGGCAGGGCUGAAGAUGUUCAGGAAUACGCUUUGGAGCAUUCCUACUGGCAGCCGUGUGAUGUUCACGUAGUGGGAGAAGUUUGUAUGUACAGUCAGCGUCAAAGGUUUAUGGAACAUGGAAUUCAAGAAAUCGCUGAAUGCUUCCACAGCCUGGGCAGCACAACCUGGAAUGUAAUCAGGCUUGUAUAUGCGAACAGCAUGUUGUCCUGCCAUAUUACUGGAUGUGGUCCUAAACUGCUCCGAAAUUCCCACGUUUUCUCGAGUUUUACAGUCCGUAAGCUUUUGACACACGGCUGUAGAAGGCAAUGCACGAGAAAACAAGCACAGGGGAUGAGGCGGCACGAAUGCUGACCUUCCUCCUUUAUGGUCCUUCGAGUGCUUUGUACUUUUGUCGCUCGCUCAAACACGUCAGACUUAAUUUCUGCCUUAAAGGAUGUCUAGGUAGGGCUGUUAUCCCUGAUAAUUGGUCCACUUUUGUAGUUCUUUUUUUUUUCCUCACUUGUACGGUUUCUGCAAUUUCUUUUGCCCCUGCCUUCUGUCACUGCGAGACUGAAGGGAGGGGUUGAGGUGGCACCGAGGCUCCUGCAGUUCUCAAAGUUGUAACUUUCCCAAUGUGUGUAGGUGACUUAACUGUCUUCACUAAUUUAAGGAUCUCUUCCUUAAAGUUAUAGAAGAUUGCUCACAUAAGCAGCUGGCAUUGGGCUUAUAUAAUGAAAUGUGCUAUCCUUUUUUAGAAGCAGAGAGUGAUCAUUUUGGCAGGGAACUCUAUUUUUGGCGUGGUGUUAUACAGUAAAACCUCGAUAUAAUGAAGUAGGUAAAAUCGGCAAUUUGCUUCGUGAUAUCAAAAUUUCGUUGUAUUGAAAUUCGACCUUUUAUGCAAAUAAGUACAGUCGUCGUUCGAUAUUUCUUAGACGAAAAGGGGCAGCAGAAUUUUCCCGAUUAUCGGGCAAUCGAAAAAAGCAAAUCUGAAUAAGAAGCAAAUUAAUUUUGAUGAAUUUGGGAGUCGGUGACGAAUUAUACGGUUUCAUGCCAAGUCGAUGAUAUCUUCACAUCGGCGGUGCGUAUUAAGCGAAGCCAGCCAUGUUUUCGCUUGCAUUGCGCCCCCACGGCUGAUCGCAUCACCCUUGCUGGGACGAUGCCAUCAUGAAAAGUGCUGACAUAGGGUAGCGAAUGCUUCAUCUGCCUCUCGCUCCAGCGAAUCACAGAAACUUGCUGACAGCGGGUAGCGAAUGCUUGAUCUGCCUCUCGCUCCAGCGAGUCACGAAAACUCGAGAUUACGCAACCUCCAAUACUGAAGGUGCAGGAAGACAGCUUACAUGAUGCCGCGCCAUCUCGGCACGCCCACUCUGCACACACGUGGCAUAGUGCUUCGGAAGCAGGAUGCACAGCUGAGCGUGCGCUCAGCCACGUUUACAGCCACGGCCCAAUUGCCUGGCAACUUAACUCCCCCCCCAUGUCACUCGCAUGCGCUUGGUCGCAUUACUGCGAGCUCGCUCCCCUACCCCUCUUUCCCUUUGCUUGCGCGAGAAGGCGGCACUCGUGAAGCCACAGUCUUUUUUUCUCACCCUCGCACACUUUCACUCGCACCUAAAGCAUAAAUUGUGGGGGGCGCCAUAGGAUCUUAUUGCAUUUGAACUUCAUAUGAAACAUGAUGCGGAUUUACUUCGGCAGUUGCUCUUGUCACACCGUGCAUGAUUUGAGAGGUGCGUUUGCAAGCAGCCGCAUGUAAUUCAAUCAUUUCACCAUAUAAGUCUACGAGAGUGUCCACUUAUUGUCUCGGCAUUCCUUGCAUUCCUUUGCCAAGGAAGCGAAAUUGCGUUGUAUUGAAACGCACUACAUUAUAUUGAGGUUCUAAAUACAUGGUGUUCUAUGCACAAGAGUUUCUGAAAAGUUAUACUUUUUAUAUGGAGUAUUUCGUUAUAUUGAAGUUCAAUUAUAUCGAGGUUCAACUGUACUUUUUUGGUGACUUGAGUGCCAGGCGCUGAAUUGUCAGAGCUUGGCAUUUGGUAUCUCGCCUUAGUGAUAAGGCAACAAACUGCAAGAUUUGUCAAGAAAUGUAGAUUAUCUACUUGAAUUUCGAAGCAUUUGAGUUUAUGAUGUCCCUAAAAAAGCGAAAAUAAGUGCCCAACUUGCAUGCAACUUGGCAUAGCACUAUGACUUGUAGGACUAUAGCUUUGUGUUCAAAGAGGGCUGAAGGGAAUCCUGCUGCGACCUUUUCCUCGCGGUUUGUUUUCAUCUCAAAGGAUAUGUGUGGCUUUAUAAUAAAAUUAUCCUUAGCUAUCACAAGAGAAGUGGUUCAUUUUUAUCCUUCCAGAUAGUCAUGGCUGUAUGACCAAAGUCUUGUGCGGCAACAUUUCAGUAGUCAGGAUAGCAUGUAGUCAUGGUGGUGACUAAGGCAUUGUUACAAGUGUGUGACAUUCUGUAGCAGUUAGCUUGCAGUCAUCAGAUGAAUGGCCUUUAGGGUAUCAAGAUGCUCUAUCGGCCACGGUGGCCGCAUUUCGAUGGGGGCGAAAUGCGAAAACACCUGUGUACUUAGAUUUAGGUUCACGUGAAAGAACCCCAGGUGGUCUAAAUUUCCGGAGUCCCCCACUACAGCGUGCCUCAUAAUCAGAAAGUGGUUUUGGCACGUAAAGCCCCAUAAUUUAUAUUUUUUAUCAAGAUGCUCUAUGAAAGUUCACAUGUAUUUGCAGCACAGAUGCAGGGCCUUUUUUUCUUUUUUCUUUUUUGAAGUCAAAACAGUUUCAUACGCACAUAACCUUGAAGGGGUGUGAAUAUUGUGGCGGGUGUUUUGGAAGCUGUAUGGAUACAUAACAAUUUUCUGGUCAAUGUCGUUCUUGCUGUUUAUGUAUAACAGCAUAAGUUUAAAGGCAAUAUGAAAUCUGCUAGAUAAUUUUGUGGAGCGUCAAGGGUUUGAUUGUAAAUAAAAAUUUUGUGGGUGUACAAUACAUAGCGAUUGCAACGUAUUGCAACACACAAAUUUUGUUCGCCAUUCUCGAAAAUGUGUACUGUGUGAAUUGAAAUGCGCAAACUGCGGUAUCCCUUAAACAGUCCACACAUUACAUUGACCUUUUCUGUAUACUAUACAAUCCCAUGAAAACUAGGAAAUUGAAUUUCGACUCAGCAUUUCUAUAACUCUUGAUGGAGAUUCCAUAAACACUUUGGCAUGUGUUAACCAGGAAAACAUUAAGGUAAUGAAGAAUUCGUUAGCAUUUAUUGUUUGUUACCAGAUGAAGAGAUGACGCGUUGCCAAGAAGGCAACAGGCUAGACUCACAUGCAAUGGAAAGCAUUUAAGGGAGGUUUAUUGGACCUGAAUAUAUUUAGGUUGUGACAUAGGACACUCUGUUUGGCAGAAUAACAGUACUAAAUGGUGAAUAACAGCAUAAAAAAUGUGGGCACAAAGAAAAAAUCUGGCCAAGCAUUGUCAAAAAGAAAUGUAGCAAAUGUUGUAUAUGUGUGCAGGAUGAUGUAACAUUAUUUACUAGCUUUCAUUCGUCAGCGACUGGCAUUCGUGCUUGAUUGUACUUGUAGGAAUUUGAUAUCGUCUUUUAUUUUUUCACCUAUGCAUCAUUGCCUUGGUGCCUGUUAAAUAGUGGCAGUCAAAAGAAAUGUGUUUCCAACAUAUUUUCGAUACACUAUCAUUUGGCAUCUGCACAUGUUCGUUCUAUGCCUCGCUGUGACCACACUGUAAGCCUGAUCAGUAUGGGUUCUGUAAGGUUACUGACUGAUGCACAGACUAUCUGCAUAUCAGCGUGGUUAUCAUCUGGCAUUAGAGGUGAACACGCCGAUGCUCCGUGACUUCAAGCUCAAAAUAUGAAGGAUCUACUUUCUGCAUGGUUGCUGCUUUACACAUUACUGUGCCCAUUUCACUUCAUGGCAUUGAGUCGCGCUGUAGCGGGUUAAACAACUCGGAAACGUUCAUUUAAGAAUGUGCAUGUGCUUCUAUCUCGUGGACAUGUUUUUUUUUUUAGAAUGCAGUUUAUCCUGAAGAGCAACAGAGGAAGCUUCGUCUUGAAAGUUCCAUUUAAAGGUGGCAGUGCUCUUUGAACUGCAGCCAUUUGCUGCUUUCGUAGAACUUACUCGUACGAUUGCAUGUAUAAUGGCAGCCUUUGCCAUUUUUCAGGAAACGGCAAAGCUUGGGAAGGGUAGUUGCAUGCACAAGCUACUUGCCUACAUCAAGUCUAUUUCUAGGAAGAUAAAAAAACGGCAAAGGCUAGUGGUGUGGACAGCAUUCUGGCCAAUUUCAUUAAGCCGAAUCGGGCACUGUGUAUCUUUUACAAAAGAUCACCGACACUGGCAUUUCAUGUCAUGCACAUUAAAGAGUCAGUAACCAGUAGACAGUAGAAAGUUAUUUCAAUGUUAGCACACUCUUUUGUGUCUGCAAGGUUACAUUUUACUGUUAUAUUUGUUAUAAACCACUGAAGCAUAUCCUGUGGUAUGCUGCUGGUUUUGCAUUUUUAUCCCACGGUACUGCCAUUGCAAGUCGUAAUUAUUAGCACCUUUUCCCUGCCACUGGCUAUAUAUCACAGGUUUCUUAUUACCGGGAUGGACAUGUAGGCGCAAGUGUAUAUUGAAAAAUGCGUUCAAGAACUUCAUUGGUAGUGAGAAUGUGAGACGAGCCAUAACAAACUACAAUGUACUUACGUGCACAGUUUUCUUCCUAGAAGAAAAAUCAUGAAAAUAGCCAUCACAUAAUUAUGCCGCUGCUGACAGCGUAGUGGGCGAGUUAAAGACAAGUGGUUAUUGCAACAUAAAUUUCUUGCACUUUGGUUAAAUGCACCACCACAAGGACGUUGCCUCAAGCUCGCCUCCUUACGUCAGUAUUCCAUCAUUCAUCUACGCUGGUAAAUCUCCACUACGAUGUGACACUGUUAGCCUUCACAGACGGCAUUGCAAGUUGCAGGUAGAAUUAACGUGAAACACUACAGCCUGUCAUAGCGGUACUACUAAAUGCUUGUGGGUGUCACGAUCUGCAAGCAUCUUUAGGAACACACAAUAAGCUAGUGGCUAAUUUGCACUUUCUUGCUUAACGUUUCAUUUGAGGCUGCACAAAAUGUGCGCCACUGCAACUUUCCUCUCGCUGGCAAAUGCGAGUGAUGGUAAGGCUAUAUUUGAAAUUUUUUAGACUUUCAUCACCUACAUUUGUUGAAAGUCAUCUAGACCGAAAUGAAGCAACAAUCUGUUCCUAUUGCUUUCCUUUUUGCAUUUUGUCGUUGGUCUCGAGUGACACCCUUCUCAUACUAAUGCCAACAUCUGUCAGUGCAUUGAGUGGUAAAAGUGGAAUAUAGCCAACGUAAAAAACAAAAGUUGGAAGUCUGCAUUUUACUUGCCGCACUGAAACUAUUGUGGCUUCAUACAGUGAUUAAUGGCUUGAUAGCUGUGUAUUGAAUAUUCGGUAUUGACAGCCAUGAACUCUUAUCAACUCUUUUUAAUAUGUACCACAGAAAUAGGAUUAUAUGCGAACUUUGAACAAAAAGGAAAUAGUGGCAUGGUAUGUUGUGUGGAGUAAAUAGUCGCGAGACUAUCGGCCCAAGUUGUGGUUGAGUUGAACUUAGAAGUUGCUGUGAAAUUAACGCUUAGUGCUCCACGUUUUCAGUGCUACAGUUCAUGAUUUGGCACAGUAGUUUGGAUUCAGUUUGAAAGGUUUUGCAACAAGUGACGUUACACAGAUUCUUUCAAUCAGUCACCCCGUUCAGUCACCCAGUCAGUCACCCCGUGCAAAAGGCAGGUACUUCCGUGAUGUUAGAGUUGUUUCACUUUUGUUCACGCUGUCGUACUUUUGCAUAUUCGCAGUCUAGCUUAUAAACAUAUCAUUUUAGGAGUAUAAGGAAUGCAUCUUUUCUGCAAGCAAAUGGAAAUCCUUUAGCAUGAUUAAUGCGCUAGUGGAGGAAAAUUUGUCCUUUGCGUGAGCUAAUUAAUGGCCUUGUUCUUUGGACAAGGCCAAUUUUAACACUAACCAGCCAGCAAAACAUAAAGCAAUGAACUUUCAUAGUGGGGUUUCGUUUAUAGCUAAAUAUGAGGUUUGGUAGCCACUUAUGUGCACAAGUUGGUAGGCCAUGUGUUGCAACUCAUACAGGAAUUGCUACAUGUUAAAACUACUGCUACAUGUUUGUCUGUGUGCAGAGCAAAACCACUGAAACAUCUAGAAAGAAGUAACAUGUUUGCAACCAGCUAGAUGUAAGGAAUUUGCAGUUAACAGCACAUUUAUGACAUAUUUAUAAUCCUUGUGUCACACGAUCAAGGUUAAUGUCAUUACAUAAGGUGUGAUACCUAUAUGAAUAUUUUCCAUGACAAACAUCUUGACACUAGCUGUAGUAAAUUCAACAAGUUUGCGAAUCACAAUAUUAUUAAAAAAUUAUUUAUCAGGCGAAAGUUCAAGAAAUACUACUGAAAAUUAAACAGGCAUGUUUUGUGUCGAGUUGUAUUUCAGAUUACUUCAGAAACACGUUUUUAAUGUACAGCUAUAGCUGCUAAUGCUGAGAGUGACUGUGUAUAUUUGGUAAUUGAUUCUUCUGUGAGAAUGCAAUAUGCUACAAAGGGCAUUACAUCUUAAUGACAUUAUGCAUGUCCCUGUGGCAUUGCACGAAUGCCUUUAAACUUCAAAUUUAGCAGUUCAUGUCAUCUAUUGUGCCUGUGUGGCAUGUUGGCAUAUUUAUUAAGUAAUAUAAAUGAUUAAGAUGAUCACAGGUUUCAUUAAACUUUGAAAAAAAAAAGAAUGGCUCCAUAUUCAUUGUCUGGUAAUGUUUGUGCUGUUUGAUUGUGCUUCUGUACAGGAGUGCCAGAACCUUGACAACAUCUAUAGCUACUUAAUAUUUGUGCCGAUGUAGUUUUUCUGCGAAAUUGAAUGUGACAUUUCGAAAGUGUAUGAUGUUUGAACUUGUACAAAAUUUUUCGCAUGCUCAAGAGACCUUAUUGUGGGCGCUGUCUUUCUGAAGAAAGAACUGAAUUUUUGUCGUGCUUGUGGAACAAGCACCGAAGGUGGUCACUUAUGUGUCACACAGUGUGGUCACUUGCCGGGUGUUUUGUUGACUUGUCUAAUUGUUCAUACAGUUAAACGUUGAGCUGUGAAUAUAAUUUGGGGGGCGUGGUGAAGUAUUUUUAUGCAUUUCGCUGUGUUGAGCCACCUGUUCCCGUAGCGUAAUGUUGAACUUGAAAGAAAGAAAAGCUGUGUACAAAUUUUUAACUAGCACUCUUGUCGUCGUAUGUUAACUUCUUUGAGAUUAAUCUUUUUUGUGGCUGCAAAAGGAUUCCACAGAAAUAUGUUUUUUGAACAUGCAUGGCGAUGGGAACGACAUUCUCGGUGAUUCUCAUUCACUGAGGAUGAUGCUCUCUUUCACAAGCAGUGGUGUCCAACAUGUAGAGACGGUGGCACAGUUUUCUCAGAGAAACCUCAAUUUCAACAGGUGUGUGAUGUACAAGACAAAGUGGCUCAAGGAAGUAAUGUCCAAGACUGUACUGCUGAAACAUGCUUUGCAUUGCUUGGGAUCAGUCUGGAGAAGUUCAAUAAUUUGGUGAAAGCUGUUUGGCUCUGUUGUAUGUGUUGUUUGUCGACACACACGCAUUUCCUGUGGCGUUUAGUGCCUGCAAGACCGCAGUGUUACUUGAGUCCCACUUUACUUUGAUGUAUAAAGUGCAAUAUACAAAUAAGUGUUGUGAUGAAAAUGGAGACAUGUAUGAAGACCUUUCUGGCAUGUAACCAUUGCUUGCUUGGACUUCCAUGUUUAGAUUAAAGUGAUAUUUGGUGGCAGCUUUCGUAUGAUGCUAGGUUUGGCAAUGGUAAGGUUCCAGAAUAUAUUUUUUUCUUUUUCUCAGAAUAAACCACAGCUUCACCUGUGACAAGGCCCAAAGAAAUUUCAGCUUCACCAUUGAAAACAGUGCAGUGUGCCCUGUGUUAGGUGACGCGUCUCUCUGCUUCUCUCCCACCAUGCUAGUUUGCUAGGCUGUGCCAGCUGUGGGGUGUAACAGGCUGUUUGCAUGCUUUAGCUCUGUCUCGGCGAAAAGCACCAUGGUAGUUAAUGCAGGGAUGUUGCAUACUGCAGCUCGUCCAUGACUUUUAUUUUGGCGAGAUGUCUGGUAGAAUUGAUAAAUGUCAACUUGUGACCAACUAAAAGAAGCUUUCGUUUGCACGAGGCUAAUAGUUUGCAGGUCCGAAUGUUAGACUGCAAACCGUUUCUGCUGCUAUUAUCGGAAAAGUAAAGAUGCUCUCGUCGCUCGGGUCAUGCUCAACAGUGCAGUUAGCACCAAUAAGUUCCCAGAAAGUUGCAGUUUACGUACUUGUAUAUGCAACAACUCUGCUGAUAGCUAUGCCCUGCCACUAGGAACUCUGUGCUGCCUAUUGCAUCAAAAUUCUCCUGUGCAUAGUCUGCCGUGAUUCGCUUCCUUUUUUUUCUUUAAUUAUUUCUGGACCUGGCAUGUGUUGAGCGUUGGAAGAUUGUACCCGAAUGACGUGGGGAGCAAGUGCGCAGCACCAUAUUUUUGGAUCCAUGUUACUGUAGUCGUGUGAAGGUGCACUAAAAGCUGGAAUAAACGUGAAGGAAAGGAAA